UGGACGGAGAGGGAUCUUUCUCUGCUCCAUCUUUUCCUGACAGUUUACUUAACCGGCUCCUUGUGUCCUUCUCACCUAGUGAUUUACUGAUCUGUUGACCUACUAACCUUUCUAACGCUCUUCCCUCCCCUCUUGUCCUUGAUCAUUCCUGGUACUGUCCCUGACUCCCUUCUACUCCUGACACACCCCCCUCCCCAAUCCCACCCCUAUUUAAAUCCCACCCCAACCUCAGUUACCACUCCGCCCCCUUUCCCACCCCCUCCCUUCCCCUCCCACCCCCACCUUCUCUCCACCUCCAUCUGCACCUCCUCUCUGGCGCCCCAGCUCCCCCUGAAAGGACUAGGACAUAAUGGUUCAGAAGCUGUUUUUCUGUAUCCUCUUACUUGGGUAUCCCGGUUACCCAAACACGAAUCUUGUCCAUAUUUUGGCAGGCCAUUUCCCUUUUGGCGCUCGUGUAUUUGGGAUUCUGUGGAAGCUUACCAUUAUUACUGCCACCCUUGCAAUUUGUGCAUGUCUGGUUUACCUCUGGAGAGUUGUCCUUGCUAUAGAGCCUCAAGUAUAUCAAGUUAAUUUACAGCAAAUAACUGAAAAGAUCAACACAGUGAAGAAAGAAAACAGAGAGCUGGCUGAAGCAAUAUCCAUUUGGGAACUGAAGAUCAAUGAAUCAAAGAUACGUCUUCAAGAAGCUGAGAGAAGAAGUAACAUUCACUCCGCUGAAGCUCUUAAAUUGAAAUCACAAGAUGCAAACAGUCAAUUUGAGGAUCCAGAACUGAGAGCCGUGAUGUCCAAUAACUGUGAACUGGAAGAAAGUAAAAAGGCCCUGGAGGACAAGUGUAAUGCAUUGAGGUCUGCGAAAGCAGCCAAGGAAGCCAAAGUCAGACAGUUGAAGGAGAAAGCAGGCAUCCUUGAAGAAUUCUAUGAAGAAAGAAAAGUGGCUAUAGAAAAAAAGCUGGAUACGAUGAACUGUGAACUAGCUGCAGUGAAGAAUCAGAUGGCAACUGCAGAAGAAAAUCUGAAAAUAGCUACAGAGGAAAUACACAAGUACAAGCAACAAAUUGAACAAAGACGAGAACAGCUGCAACGGGCAGAGCUCACCUUCAGACACCAGAUCGCAGUUUAUGAGAAGAAUGCUCAGCACAACUGGAUCAAGACUCAGAUCUGGGAGAGGGCAAUGGCAGAGGAGAGGAGGGAGGCGGCCCACUUGAAACACAGACUGGACAUGAUGGAAGGAAAGAGGCUGCUUGAGGGAUACAUGAGGCAGAAACCAAUGCCUGGAAGACCACAGACCCAGAACCCUCCAAGGAGAGAGCCUUUAGCCGAUCCAGAAGCUGGUGUCGCUCCCGUAAGUCACAACAACCAACACUCUACCAAAAAUGCAGAAAAGGACAAGGGCAGCGUGGAUCCAUGGGGACCUCCUCUGUUAACUGGAAGAUUCUGCACACCCUACCCUAGAGGUCCCCCCAUGGGCUAUAGGGCAUGUCCACCUCCUGAACCUUGGUGGCCCUGGGGACCACCCUGGACCUCUCUACCUACACCGCGUGGGCCUUUUGCAGAUCCCGAAGUUGCUCCUGUGAGUGAGAACAACACAGACUCUACCAAAAGGGCCAAGAAGGAUAAGGCCAUUAUGUAUGCAAGAGGGCCUGGUCCUUUCCCAGGAUGGCCUUGCAGGCACUACCACAUGGACCACCCUUCAUCACCAGCCAAGGGCUGUGGGCCACCUCCCCCUCCUCCACCAGCUCCUCCACCUACUCCAUUUGGACAACUUGAAGUUUGAAGAGGACCCUAAACUGUGACCAAUAGGCUGUGGCGAUGUGAUAUAUUGAGAAAAGUUGUCUGAUACGCGUAUUUGAAUGAAUCCUUUCCCUCACCAUUCCUGUCCCCUCUAUUUUGUCUGUUCUCGUUUCCUGUAAUAAACCCAUCAUAGUUC